AUGACUGAAGCCAAACAAGAUUUAAUUGAAUUAUCAACAAAUCCUUUAGAUGUAUGGAUAAAUACACAUUAUGAUGAAUUGUGUGCAGGUAUGACGUGUGAAAAUGCUCUAUUCUGCAAACCAUCAGACAUGAAAGACAAAAACUUUCAAAUGAGUAUUAAGGAUAAAUGUGAUAGGAAACAGAUAAGAAUAGAUGGUAAACAAACAUGGUGUUAUGUUUUGAAAGAAGAAAUGAAAGGAUUAUAUAAACAGGUUGAACCAAACGAUAAUGAGGAAUCAUUUACUGACGAUGAAAUACCUGUAAAUGAAGCUUUAUAA